AUGGCGUCACAAGAGAGCACAGCACCUGCUGUCGACGAGCAAGAACAGAUCCAGGAGCAGUCGGAACAACCACAAGAAGCUACAGAGAUCGCUCCUCCAUCACCUCCUCCUUCAGACUCUGAAGCCAGAACCCCAGAAGAACCUUCAUCUUCAUCUAACAACGGCCCUCACCGUCCACGCCACCUCAAUACUACCUCUAAGCCUCCAUCUUUCGCCUCUUCUACUGCUUCCUCCUCACGUCGUGCUGCCGAGGCCUCAAGCCACAAUAACUCAAUGAUCUCUCCUGCUGCCACAACUACUUCUACCUCCUCCAUCCGCAGUCACUCGGGUGGAGACCGCGGUGGACCAGGUUCGGUCACCAGCGGAUCUAGCAACAGAGGAGGUAGAAGGGGGACAACCGUACCAGAUGAUGUCGGCCCCUACGCAAACAGCACCUUCGCUAGUCGACAAAGAAGUAUUGGCACCGACUCCGACCAAAAAGGCAGCAAUGGCCGACCAGUCUGGAGAUAG